AUGUAUGUCGUUUUUAUUCUUAUUGUCAGCAUUUACAAUGUGCUUAUUUUGAGCACAACCACAUUACCUAUUAAGUGCCCUAGUUCAUCAACUGAAUGGUGUCGAACUAAAGAGAUUGCUGCUAUUUGUGGUGUAACUAAACAAUGUACAUCAUUUGUAUGGAAGACUACUGCCGAUAAUGAUCGAGUAAACUUUACAAUUUAUUAUGAAUCACUCUGUGCUGAUUGUCGUCAAUUUACUAUUACACAAGUAUGGUUUGCAUAUCAAGCUGUUAUUGAUAUAGUUAAUUUAACAUUUAUUCCUUAUGGAAAUGCUCAUGAAGUUUAUCGACCUGAAACACAACUAUAUCAAUUCUAUUGUCAACAUGGUUCUGAUGAAUGUUAUGCAAAUCUAAUUCAUACAUGUGCUAUUGCAUCUUAUCCAGAUAUUCAUCAACAUAUGCCUUUUCUUUAUUGUAUGGAUUCCACAUUCGGUGAUGUUGAAACGGUAGCAAGACAAUGUGCAAGAAAUACAAGUAUAGAUUUUGAAAAAGUUGCAACUUGUACAAAUAGUCGAAUGGGUAAUCAAUUACAACAUGUCUAUGCUGUUCAAACUGAAAAAUCUAAACCAGCAGAUGCAUUUGUACCAUAUGUAACACUUAAUGGAAAUCAUACUGAUGAAAUUCAAGAUUUGGCCCAAACAGAUCUUAUUGCUCUUUUAUGUAACACGUACAAGGGGUCCAAUCCACCGGCUCGAUAAACAAUGCAAGCUUCGUGGCAAUAUAUUCUCCUUGUUUCACUUUUUGCAGUAGCCUAUGGAAAGUUUGAGACAAGCAAUAUUCGAUCUAUCUCUAGUGGACUCUCAUUUGGAAUGUGCCGUGGUUAUUGUCAAUCAUCAAUUAAUGCAACAGGAAAUCCAUCUGAAGUAAUUGCUUCAAAACAACCAAACUUUGUUGACGAAUCUUAUCCACCAGUUCGACAACAAUUUUCAUUUUCAUCGACUGAAUGGGAACAACUUGUAUCUCUUGUAGAUCUCAAGGUAUUUACCGCAUUGGGUGAUACUAUUGGAUGUCCUGGUUGUGCUGAUGGUGGCAUAGAAUGGAUUCAGAUUGAUUGGACAGAAGGAACUAAACGGGUGACAUUUGAAAGUCGAAAUGGCAUCAAAGGAAUUGAAUCACUUGUUGAAACAUUACGACAAAUGAGAGAGCAAUAUCUUUCUCAUUUUUAA